AUGACGAUCGAGGACGCCACCGAAAACCACGAUCACAUCAUGCAUUUCUGCCGUGAAUGGAGUGCGACCGAUCUCGACGAAGUCAUGAUCUCACGAUCGAACGCCUGCAACGGUCAAGAACGGAUCAUACAACUAUGUUACGAAUGGAACGCCACCGACAUCGACGGAGACACGGUCUUAUGGCCGCACACCGAGGACACAAAUAUAUCGUGCUCGUGUUCUAUGGUCGAGGCGCCACAGAGAUCGACAAAGCCAUGGUCAAGGUCUCCUACAGCGGUCACACCGAUAUCGUGCGCAUGUGCCUCGCGAUCAAAUGUAGCGGUUGGAAAAUUGCUAGAGGCUGUUACAAACGACUCCAAGGCUUUUUCUUCACCUCGCUCUGCCAUAUUUGUCCUCAACAAGUGGGACGUGUUCUGCAAAAGCAAUUUGGAAGAAGCGAAAAGGCAUGAAUUUAAAGUUCGAUUCUGCAAAGAACUUGAAACGACAUGGCCAGGUUUCAAAGAAGACCAAUUGAUUACAAUGAACUCGCUAUUUGCUUUGAAAGCACGACAAUACGGAGUCAACACGCAAGAUGUCAAUAACUUGUGUGAUAAGUUGAGAACCCUUCUGCCAUCUAGCAUGGACAAGAUGCUACAAAAAAGUUUAGAAAUGGUGAAGAAAGAUGUAGAUGAAAUAGAACGAAGCCUAGAAAACACAAUCCGUCAGUUCAAGUUACCUAUUGAAGAGCGCCAACAAAAGCAAACUAAUGACAUGAAAAAAAUUAUGGAAUUCGAAAAGGCAAUGAAGAAAUGCAAAGUAACCUUAAACGCAGAAAUAGAGCAGCAGACACUGAAGCUACACGACUAUCUUCAGUCGCCAGAGGGUCGCGCUCAAGUUUUGAGUUACGAAGAUCUAAAAUUUAACGUAGAUCCCCGACGGCCAUUAGAAACUGAUCCGAAAUUCUUGCAAGAGACUUUGGAAAGUGCAGUGAUAGCAAGUAUACCUCAUUACUCUGGCUUUAACAGCAUCGUUGAGUGGGCGAACAGUCCUAAAGUGAAGAACAACUUGACACAAAUUCUUGAGCACUUUGGAGCUAUGGGAGCAGACUUCAACUGUUGUCUAGAUACAAGCGAAGUCGUUGUAGAUGUAACAGAAGAAUCUUAUGUUGCCAAAGUUUGUCGUGCGCUGUUGGUCGGAAUCCCUCUGUUUAUCCUCGGUAUGGCUAUUUUGCCACUGAGUGUCGCUCUUCAGCCCGUAACAAUCUGUUGGCUUUUUCAUCGCGGUGUAAGAUAUUAUCAGUUCCGGUCAUUACUGGAAAAACGGUAUGAUGAAUUCCUCCGUCAUCAAAAAGAGCAUAACUAUGAAAACCUAAAAGCGUUUUUGGAGCGUCACAUCGCUACUGUUUCUCACGCUAUAUAUUAUGUAUACAACAUAAUUCCGGAGAAAAUAGAACGUUUGAAUAAAGAAUUAAGAGAUCGGCUACAACAUGAUGCAAAAAACGAGCCUAUGUACUGGAAAGUGCUGAAAUCUUGUCAGUCCAUAAAAGGAGCGCUGUGCAAAUUUUUGAUUGAUCUCGACAUCCAUGAAUAUCAAGAAGAUGAUAUAAUCGUACGCAAACGAGAAGGUUACGGUGCGUUUGGAACCGUGUACAAAGUUGCGCUGAAAAGCAAAGAAGAGCAAGUACCCGCAGCUCUAAAGGUACUACAGAACGAAGUGAACGAUGCAACUGCAAGACUCUUCGUCAAUGAACGAGAAAGUUGCAGGAAGUUCAAACAUGAAAACUUGGUAAGGCUCUUAGGUACAGUCGUAUUUGCAAAUUUUGAGGGUGUAAGGCGUGCGGCUCUUUUGUUUGAAUGGUGCGAUGGUAAAACUUUACGACACGAGUUGAAUGAGAACUACGCAGCGCCAGCCAAGCUAGACAGCGCUACCACUAGAGCGAGAGCCGUAGUUACGCAAAUAGCCGAAGGUCUGUGUAAUCUUCACAAAGCCUCCGUUGUUCACAGAGAUAUAAAACCGGAGAAUAUUUUGCUGACAGGUGGCAAUAGAUCAGUAAAGAUAGCUGACAUGGGGCUAAUAAAAGAUGCAGAGCAAGCAAUGACGGUUACCGGAACUUCUAGGUAUAUGGCACCAGAAGUCUUUGAGAAUAGACCGUAUGGCAGCGCAGCAGAUAUUUACAGUCUAGGAGUGGUACUAAUUGAAAUAUGGUUCGGUAAACUUCCAAGUACGCUGAAAGCGAGUGCUGAACCAUUACGGGAUCAAUUAACCGUUCUAAAAUGGUCAGAAGACACCGUCGAAGACAAGCAUCCGGGAAAGCUUUGGACGGCAGUAACAAUGACAUGCUGCGACAAGGAAGAAUUGAACAGACCGACAGCCAAAGGUGUGUUGAAACAAAUGAAAGAUUGGGACAACGAUGUCAAAUUUUAUACUAACGUUUAAUUAUAAUAAUGUAUGAGUGCUUUUGCAUGUGACUGUUAUGGAUGGUAGUGUCUUUAGCACUAUAGUAUACGCUGGCAAUUUUAGUAUGAGCAAUGACCAAUUGCUGUUUAGUAAAGUUGUUUGUUCUCAUGUACUAGAUCAUCUUGCCGAUAUA